CCGGGGCAGCUGCCACUGUUUCGCGCCCCGGCCAACUAGAGCGCCGCCCUCUGCCCUGAUCUCGGUCCGUGCCCUCGUGGGGCUCGCUGUCCUUGGAGGCCACCCUUCUGCUCCGAUCUGGGCAUCGCGACCACAGACCCUCAGAUUUCAGUUGCCAAAGCUCAGGAAUUUUCAACAUGAAUUAUACAGAGUCCAGCCCUCUGGCAGAAUCAACUGCAAUAGGUUUUACACCUGGGUUAGAAAGUCUCACACCUGUGCCUUCCAAUGAGACCACUUGUGAAAACUGGAGAGAAAUACAUCAUCUAGUUUUUCAUGUGGCAAAUAUUUGUUUUGCAGUUGGUUUGGUUAUUCCAACUACUCUUCACCUUCAUAUGAUAUUUCUUAGAGGGAUGUUAACUAUAGGUUGUACCCUUUAUAUUGUCUGGGCCACCCUCUACCGAUGUGCCUUGGAUAUAAUGAUCUGGAACUCUGUGUUCUUGGGUGUCAACGUUUUGCAUCUUUCAUAUCUUUUAUACAAGAAAAGACCGGUCAAGAUUGAAAGGGAACUCAGUGGCAUCUACCGGCGAUUGUUUGAACCACUCCGUGUGCCUCCAGAUUUGUUCAGAAGAUUGACUGGACAGUUUUGCAUGAUCCAAACCUUGAAAAAGGGUCAGACUUAUGCUGCAGAGGAUAAAACCUCAGUUGAUGACCGUCUGAGUAUUCUCCUGAAGGGAAAAAUGAAGGUCUCCUAUCGAGGACAUUUUCUGCAUAACAUUUACCCCUGUGCCUUUAUAGAUUCUCCUGAAUUUAGAUCAACUCAGAUGCACAAAGGUGAAAAAUUCCAGGUCACCAUUAUUGCAGAUGAUAACUGCAGAUUUUUAUGCUGGUCAAGAGAAAGAUUAACUUACUUUCUGGAAUCAGAGCCGUUCCUAUAUGAAAUAUUUAGGUACCUUAUAGGAAAAGACAUUACAAAUAAGCUGUACUCAUUGAAUGAUCCCACAAUAAAUGAUAAAAAGGCCAAAAAGUUGGAGCACCAGCUCAGCCUUUGUGCACAGAUCUCCAUGCUGGAAAUGAGGAACAGCAUAGCCAGCUCCAGUGACGGUGAAGACGGGUUACACCAGUUUCUGCGGGGCUCCUCCAGCUUGUCUUCUCUUCACGUGUCUUCCCCACAGCAGCGAGCUUCUGCCAAGAUGAAGCCCAUAGAGGAAGGGGUAGAAGAUGAUGACGAGGUCUUUGAACCAGUGUCUCCAAACACAUUUAAAGUUCAUCAUCUGCCUUGAUCAGAAUUCAAGUUACCCAGAUGGAAACUGUCCCGAAGAGAUCCUGAUAAAAUACCAGCACUUUUCCAUGGCUUUUAGAUUAUUCGACUUCCCUGCACCCAGGCUGGCACAGUCUGAGGGCAGGAAAGUGAGGAAGGAUCAAAGACAGAAAAGUCAUUUUUCCUGUCCUUUUUAUUCGUCAGCUUUUUCAAGUUUUAUUGAGCCUUCGGUACUCAACCUCAUUCUAUUUUGAGAUAGAUAUUUUCACAGUAUUUUCUAGCUACAGUAGAGUAUUGUUUUAAUUGUUAAAAUCAGAGGGCUUAGUCAAUGCAAAUGCUUUUCCACUUAAUUUUUCCAAGUUGCAGUUUAUUUUCCCCAUGGAGAAUUUUUUUUUCUACCAAGGCAAUCUAAAACAGGUUGUCCAUUUGAUAAUUUUAACAAACAAUGUAAGUUGAAAUUAAGAUUAAGGUAACAUUAAAAAGCAGGGAAUCUUCUGCUUUGCUCAAUUGAUUUUUUUUUAAAUGGGACAUUUUAAAGAAAGAUAUGAUUCAACUGGUUUUCUUUUUCUCCCAGGCCAGAAGUAUUCCUCCACUAGAUCACCUUACUUAUUUGGGCACUGUAAAUAGCUCGAUAAUGACCAAACUCAUCUGAGUGUACUCAUAUUGCCCUUAUAUUAUGCCAUUAUCUGCCGGUCUGAAACCUGAAGCUGGAAUGAUAAUAAACAAAAGCAUUUCUGA